CAAGCAGGAAUACCGCUGAGAUUUCAGCGAUGCCUCAACACGACUACCUCGCACGCCACCCCGGCCAACGCAUCCGCGGCCGCUGCUGCGACGAGUAACAACAACAACAACAACAACAACAGCAGUACUACCAACAACAACAACAACAACAACAACAACAGUAGCAGCAGCAGUAGUAGUAAUAGUGGCAGUAGUGCGGUAGCUAGAGGCAGUCCACCACCGCAUCAGCAGCCUCAUCACCUUCACCACCACCAUCAUCAUCAUCACCAGCAACACCAUCAUCACCACAAUCAGCCGCAGCAUCAUAGCCAUCACCAUCAUCACCACCAGUGCGUCGUGCCAUAA